AUAUGUACUUACGUCGCGUAUUCGGCAUUUUUCAUCAGGUGGGUAUUGAAAAUUUGGAUGAAAAGGACAGAAUCUAUUGUGCAACACUACAAAGUCUCUUGGCGGAUCUAAACACAAAACGAAAUGGCUUGAAGGCCAAAUAUAAAUUGCAACAGCAAAGAUUUGACACAGUUGCUAAAACAGGCAGAGACAAUAUCCGCAGUUUGGCUCUAGUUUCUGGAACAAUGUUGGAAAGUUUGGAUGGGAUGCUGACACAGCGUGAACGUCUCAUGAAAUGUAUUGAGCGGUGCAGAAAACGCGAACGUCUGGACGAGAAAGUUGACCCGUUUAUGCGACGAUGGGGUUUGCAAGAGUUGGCGAUGAUGGGUCAAGGGGACGAAUCAGAGGAAACGGGAUCGGUUUUUGCUGGAGUUGCAUCAUCAACAGAAUUUGGCGAAGGCUUCAACUUUACCCCCAAAAAAAUGGAACAUUUAAUUACGUGUGACUGCAAUCCUUGCACCUGCGCCAUGAACGAGGACGUUAUAAGUGAACCCAUGUUCUCAACAAUUAAAUCUGUUCAAGACUUUGCUUUGCUGGAACGAUUUUGGACACGAUUUAAUCGUGCGUCCCUCGAAGUGAGAGUAUUGCGCCGGAGGAGAACUUCUAUGCUUCAUGAUAAUCAGCAGCUGAAAUUGGCACUUCGAAAUUACAUGGGUGGUCUGAAUCCUCUACAACAUAGCGUUCAAACCUAUUCCGAUGAACUUAUGGUAAUUCCUUCCUCUCCCAAUCCUUUGUCCCCCAGUUCAUUCGUUCUAGCCUCGUCAGACUCUGACUAUGCUAGUGACGAGUCGGCUGCUCAUCCACAAUUCCCAACAACUCCCAAAUUACACCUUCCCUCAAUCCUUAAAGACACUAAAUUUUCAAGUGAAAGUCAAAAGGGAGUGAGAUUCCCUAAACAAGCAAGUGCUUCUUCAGGGUUUCAGGGCAGAAAUAUUGGUGAAAAAGGGAAAUUCUCUGUCCCAAUUAUUGAUGGAACUCAAGUUAUUAGAAUGUUAGAUAGAUUUAAGAAAUUCUAAGGAAAAAUGAAUUCAAAAUUAGUACUUUUGAAUUUAGGAAUUUUUGAUUGUAAGAUAUAUACAUAAUUUGACUUUCCCAUUAUUUAUAUGCGUGUAGGCAAUUGCUAAACGAAACUACGACAUCGUUGUUCGCGCAAUGGUCCGAGAAUGGAAACGGAAAGAUCGUUGCCGUAAAAUUGGUGGUCUCCGAGUUCACUGAAUGCUUCAGGUGUAUAUGAAAUCUGUUAACUAUAAUUUUGACAACUACAUAUGUAUGUAAAUAUGUAUACAAUUGUAUGACAUUUACUGAAUAAAUUUUCAGCUUCCUUGCCACAA